AUGUCGACAUCGACGUACCCCAAAUAUGACCUACAGCCCGCUAGCGUGGAGCACUUCUCUGUGGCCUGCCAGCCUGCGCCUUGGUCGCAAAUUAACACUCGUCUCGAAUACGAUGAGUUUGUAGAGUAUCGAACCGAAGAACUGUCCCCAGAGAGACAUGCACACGUAGCAUACGGCAACAACAUUCCAUCGCGACCCAAGGAAAGCACCGAUGGCUCCCUGCUACUACGCAAUACGCGACCAGACCCUUACACUUCUUUGCCGCGCGCGCCGCCAGUUUUGUCGCCUGCGCCGACAUCCUCAGGUGCUGAUGUUGUCCGAUGCACACAAUGCCACGUUGCCUUCACUGGCGCAUAUGCAAAAGGCAACCUCGGGCGACAUCUCCGGCACAAGCAUGCCUUGGUCAGAGAAGUUAUAUACAGGUGUACGGUUUCUGGGUGCGACAAGACAUUCGCUCGCAAAGACGCCAAGUUGAAACACGCACGCAAGCACCACCCUGGACUGCACUCCGAUCCCAUCAAGAGAAAGCAAGGCAAUGGAGCUGUGAUUGUAGGCUCACCACGCAAAGUUAGCGGAGGGUCAACUCCUCGUCGUCGGUCAGAUAAUAGAUCCCCUCGGAUCAACCACAGCUCGGAAUUGCAAAUCGUUGGGCCACAGGCGCGCAAGACUUAUGCUACGAAGUCUAUAUAUUCUCGGGGCCAAGAUCUCCAUCGGAUUGGUCAUACCUACCAGACAGUAAUAGCAGCAAUCUCAGCCGAUUGUAUUGAGCCUCAACCCUCCCAGUUUGCCGACUACAAUGGCUUACCAGCUGCUUCUACCGACUGGGAAACCUGUUUUUCUCUUCAACACCUGCAACCCCCUUCUACCGAAUACAAAUAUGGACGAACGUCUGCGCCAACGACUUUUACCGGCUAUCAUAGCUCAACGGGUAUGAGUACUCAGCUAAGCAACCAGAGCUUCGACACUUCGCCUUCACCAUACUCCAAUCCAAUACCUACUAGGUCGAGUAUAAUACACGAUAUGGAAGAGCCCAUUAUCCAUAGUCCCUUGACAUCGCCUUGCUCCCAUCGUCCCAUAGCUCUACAGUAUGAAGCCUCACCCUACACGACACCUCAUGAUACCCUGCUCAGCCAAGAGUCGUUGCCAGAAGACUAUUUUCAGGCCGUACCUAGAAGCGAUGCAAGCAUUGAUCUUUCAUAUAUCGAUCCGGUCCUUUUCCAGCAGCCGCUCGAAUGGGCCCACUUGCUGGAUGAGGAUUUAGGUCCCAUGGAGUUGGCCCACGUCCAAUUUCUGCGCUUAACUCCAGUAUCGCAUCACUCUCCUUGCACUCUGCCACCGCCUUGUGCGUACCUUUUGUUGCGUCUAGCUAGUGCUCGAGUACUGGUUGCCGACUGCCAAAGAAGGGACACCAGCCAAGCGAGCACGACGAAUCAGACCAUACACACGACAUCAAUUGUAACCUCCUUCGAAGUCUUGAUGACUAGGCAAGGAAGAAUCGCUGGCCUGCCUGUUCACCUCCUCAAUGUCGUACGUCGUGGUACUACAUACCCUGCAUGCAUCUGGAAUGACCAAAAUCUCGGCGCAGAGAGCUCUCCUGUCUGGCUCAGCCUACUCCGAGUCGCCUCCAAACCUGCUCAUUAUGUUCUAGGCUUGACCAUAAGUGGUUUAGCAAUCCUCAUGUAA